CAGUGCGCAGCUGUCAGUCAAAGGACAUUUAAAUGGCCCCACUGUACAGCGCAGUUAUAACGCAGAGUUAUAACGCUGUUACAGCCUCACUCAGGCAGACAGCUCCUUAAAGGACUCUUUAUUACACUCUUAUAGAGCUCCUCUCUGCUCCUCACUCCUCCUUUCAUCAGCUCAGGGUUUAAAGGAGGAGAAAUGAGCGAAGAGGAGGACUUAGUGCAGAGAGCCCGAGCCGGACUGGAGGAUCUGUGCCGAGCCCUGAACAUGGACGAGGAGGCGAGCAGCGAGGCGUGGAGGAGCUGGGAGAACAUCCGGAGGAACUUCACCUUAGAGGGCAGUGAGCUGCACUGGUUGGCGUGCUCCCUGUACGUGGCCUGCAGGUCGUCCUCGGUGCCCACUGUGGGGAAAGGAACCGUGGAGGGGAACUACGUCUCUCUGACCAGGAUCCUGCGCUGCUCAGAGAUGAGCCUGAUCGAGUUCUUCAAUAAGAUGAAGAAGUGGCAGGACAUGGCCCGGCUGCCUCAGGAUUUCUGUCAGAGCACCGAGAAGCUGGAGAGAAACUUCACCGUGUCCUCCGUGCUCUUUAAGAAGUACGUCCCCAUCUUCAAAACCAUCUUCAAGGCGCCGUCAGAGGAGCCGCCACGCGUCCACCGCAGCCGCAAGCAGAGACGUCAUCCCUGCACCGUGACCGAGGUCUUCAACUUCUGCUGGGUUCUGUUUGUCCACGCUAAAGGAAACUUCCCGAUGAUCAGCGACGACCUGGUGAACUCGUACCACCUGCUGCUGUGUGCCCUGGACCUGGUCCUCACCAACGCUCUGCUGUGCAACGCCAGGAAGGAGCUGCUGAACCCCGAGUUCACAGGUCUCCCCGAGGACUUCAGCAGCAGAGACUUCAGGCCGUCCUCAGGUCCCUUCUGCUUCAUGGAGCGGCUCUGUGAGCUUCAUGACGGUCUGGUUCUGGAGGCCAAAGGGGUCAAAGAACACUUCUGGAAACCCUUCAUCAAGAAGCUCUUCCACAAGAGGAUCCUCAGAGGGAAAGAAGACGGCCUGAGCGGCUUUCUGGACCCCAUGAACUUUGGAGACAGUUUCCUGUCUCUCAGUCGGGUGUAUGAGGAGCACAUUCUGGCCACCGGCGGUCUGGAUGAGAGGAUUUUUACGGGUGAGGGUGCGAGCGAGGAGAUCGGUACCCCGGGUCCCUGCCUGUGUGAGGAGAACCAGGACAGCGCCACCUACAGGCUCCACACCAGCCUCACAGCCUCGGCCCUGAAGGUCUCCACCCCCCUGACGGGGAGGAAGUACGUCCAGGAGAACAGCCUGGCGUCUCCGGUGUCGUCGGCCAUGAAGAGCGUGGGCCGCCUGCACACGCUGCUGUCAGGGACCAAACAGGGCCCCAGCACUAAGCUCUCAGAGACCCUCAGAAACUGUGCCAGAGACCCCAGUGAUGUCAUCAGUAAGCGUCUGAAGGACAUGUUUGAGCUCUUCUGUCAGCACUUUGAGGACAGCGGGGUGGAGAACAGAGGGAUGGGGAAAGACAUGGCAGUGAAGUACUUCCACCUGGCGGAGGCGCUCUACUACAGGAUGCUGGAGUCCAUCAUAGAGAGAGAGAGGAUGAUCCUGGGAGACGCCGACCUCUCAUGUAUCAUGGAGCAGGACGUGUUUCAUCGCUCUCUGCUCGUCUGCUGUCUGGAGAUCGUCGUCUUCUCCUACAGACCUCCAGGAGAUUUCCCCCACCUCAUCCACGUCUUCCAGCUUCCUGCAUAUCACUUCUACAAGGUGAUCGAGGUGUUGGUGCGGUCCGAGCAGGGUCUCUUCAGGGAGGUGGUGAAGCACCUGAACCAGGUGGAGGAGCAGGUUCUGGAGAGCCUGGCCUGGACCAGCAAGUCCCCGCUGUGGGAGAGUCUACGAGGGGCCAAAGACAAGGUCCCCACCUGUCAGCAGGUAUGA